UUCAUCAUCCGGCUCGAAACCCCCUCUCUUCCUGGUAAGUCCAUCUCCACCUCACCCUUCAUGACUUGCUGUUAUGAUGUCUGCAAUCUUAUCUACAUUGUCAGAACCUACAUGUUUGACAAUCAUUUUUCCAUAUAUAUCUGAACUCUCUUUUCUUGUCCAGUUAUCAAAGCAUGCGAAUCAGCGCUAACUUUUCGUACAGUGACCAUCAUUGUUCAAGACCCGGUACUCUUGUAUCAACACGAGCCAUCAUGAACUUUUACAAGUCGGCUGCACUCGCUUUGGAUCACCUGGAGAAGAAUCAGGGGUCUGUCAAGGGAUCACUGGCUGCUGCCGGGGUCAAUGCCGUUGGUGGGGAAGCAAAGAGGAUUUUGGCUCUGAUCAUCGAGACUCUGAAAUACCGUCCUGUGCUCCUUCAGCUACUCACCACCGUACCCAUCCUCUCGCUCGAAAAGCUUACAUUCCCGCGCAAAACGCCCUUCCGCGCCCCCUCCUCCCAAAGCCUCGUUCUCGUCCUCUUGCACGACCUCCUGUUCUCCCCGCGCGCGCGGAUAGAAGCGUCCGACAAAUGGCCGCCCAAGCCUGCUGUGAUGCGCCAUCAGGCGAGGCUCAAAGCCGAGCUGGUGCGGAUCCAGAUCAAGGAAGGCAAAGGCCGAAAAGAAGACCUGGCCAAGACUGCAGGGGACGGGGAGGCUGUGCGGUAUGUGAGGUUCAACCCGAACGCUGGGAGGACGCUCGAAGAGCUGUUCGAACAUUUGACGAAGAAGGGGUAUGAGAGGCUGGAAGAGGCGGUAUACCCCGUGCCGGAGGGCAAGUACUUUGCAGACCCGCAUCUGCCAGAGGUGCUGUUUGCUUUCCCGGGCAACUCGAAUUGGUGGGUAGGAGACGAGUGGUAUGAGGGCGGUGGAGCGAUCUUGCAAGAUAAGGCGAGUUGUAUGCCUGCGAGAGUGUUGAUGGAGGAGUGGGUGGAAGGCGAGGGCGAGUGUUUGGAUGCUACGGCUGCACCGGGAAACAAGACUAGCUACGUCUCGGCUUUGAUGAGCAACAAGGGCAAACUGCACGCGUUUGAACGCUCCCCCAACCGCUUCAAGACGUUGGAAAAGAUGCUGGCAAAAGCCAAAUGUACCAACGUCAAAGCCCAGCGUGCCGACUUUACCGACUCUGACCCCAAGAGCAAGGAACUCAAGAACGUUACCAGAAUAUUGCUGGAUCCCAGUUGUUCUGGAUCGGGUAUUGUGAAUAGGCUGGACUAUCUCGUGGACGACGACACGGAAGAGUCCGAUUCCAAGAAUGAGCGCCUGGAAAAGCUGGCCGGUUUUCAGCUGCAGAUGAUCCUCCAUGCCUUCAAAUUCCCCAAUGUAAAUCGCAUCGUCUACUCGACUUGCUCGAUACACGCAGAGGAGGACGAGCGUGUCGUGAUGUCUGCGUUGCAGUCUGGUAUCGCCAAGGAGCGCGGCUGGGGUCUGGCCAGGCGGGCUGGGGUAAUUCCGAGCUGGGAAAGGCGAGGGCGACCGGAGGAGACUGGUGGCAAUGAGGACCUGGCAGAAAGUGUGAUUCGAUGCCUUCCUGAGGACAAGACGAACGGGUUCUUUGUGUCUUGUUUUGUGCGCAACGGUCUUCGGCCCGAAGAUGGGGUGACAAGGGAUCAGCGGCCCAGCAAACGUCCGCGUGAUGUGAUCGAGCCAGUGGCUGAGGACGCGCCAGCUGAGGGGGGAGGUGAGGCUGAAGCGGGAGAUGAAAGGGGCAAGAAAUUGAAGACGGAGGCGCAGGUGGAGCGAGCGAGACGGAAGAAGCAGCUGCAGAAGGCCAAGAAACGCAAGACGGUGGAGUAAUCGAUGCAUAGUCUGGUUCCAGCGCAUCUCGUGGUCACGCGAGCAGCCCAUGGCCAUUAUCUCGCAUCAAUCCCAUACAGCAUGCCCGACCAAGUCGCAGAUCACCCCUUGCCUGCGAUUGGCUGUAUACACUGGAUGCGCGCGGGUGGAUGAAAAGAGUGUCCUUUGAGGAGAUGCCACGCGUCGCACCGUCUCCUUACACACCCUCCCCCACCCUCUUCCUUUUCCGCCACCGCAUCUCCCUUAUCCACCAUCACUCGCCCGACCAUACACUCCAACACACGCACGUUCCAACCAUCUUUUAUGCUCUCCCUAGCGCACUCCGGAGAUAGGAACGAGGUGAUGCAUCUGUCUGCCCCGCUGACCUGUGAAAGGAUCCACUCACCCGCUCGUCACUCGUCCGCCUGUAGAUGCAGAUAUAAGAGACGCCAUGGCAUCCCAUUCUCUCUCUCUCUAUCAACCUCUUUCAAACUCAGCCACUCAUCUGCUAUACUAUCUGACA